CAAGCUGUUGAUUUCUAAUAACUCUGAUUUUCUUUGACUUUAAUAGUACGCAGUUUACAACGCCUUAAACAGCAAUAAUAUACAUAACCACGGAGCUCAGGAAAGAAUCCAAGAUGUCCUCCAAAGAUCAGAAGUUCCCGGGAGAAAUAGCUGAAGUAUAUCCCGAGCCGUUCACAGUUUGUCCUCCAGAUGUAAAAGAUAGAAAACCAGGGCAGCUUCCUUACUCGGAAAUACAGAAAUUCUUUGAUGAGGGAUACAUUGUAGUAAAGGACUUCUUCACCCCAGAAGAAUUGGAACCAUGCCGUCAAUCCAUAGAAACAAUGGUGGAGGAACUGGCACAGAAACUAUAUAAAGCUGGGAAGAUUAAAGACCUGUAUUCGAAGUAUGGUUUGUUUCAAAGAUUGACAAUGUUAGAGAAAGAACAUCCGGGAUCUAAUAUUCUACUCUUUAAAUACCAGAAGAUACCAAAGAGUUUUCGAGAUCUGUGGAGUAAUGAACGGAUGCUAAAUCUACUGGAACAGAUCUUAGGACCAGACAUCGCUGGUCACCCUACCUGGAAUCUAAGGACUAAAACUCCUAAAAGUGAAGCCGUCAACAUCCCUUGGCAUCAAGAUAGUGGAUAUUUAAGCUGGGAGUCCUAUGAUCAUAUCAUUCCUACAGCUUGGAUUCCAUUCAUAGAUGCGGUUCCUGAAAAUGGUUGCAUGCAGAUGGCUAAAAAUGGACAUAAACGAGGAAAGGUAGCCAAACAUACUUGUUGUGUUGGUCCAACUUGGUAUAUUCAACUUGAACAGAAGGAGAUGGCAAAGACUUUAGGAGUUGAUUUAGAGAAUGAUAUUAGAAUAGAACCUGUUCCAGUCGGAGGGUUUAUAUUAUUCCAUAAUUUAACACCACACAGAAGUUUACCCAAUGUAUCCAAUGAUAUCCGCUGGAGCACUGAUUUGAGAUGGCAGUCACCGCACUAUAAUAUGGGCUUCUAUAACAUUGGAGACGGAAUUGUCUUUAGAUCUAAAGAUGAUCCGAGCCUGAAACCGGACUGGGACAAAUUCUUAUCCGUGGAUCGAAAAGUCGUUUGGCAGAAACAGCACAUGGUCGACUAUGAUCCGAACGAUGAGUUCGACUCCAGACUGACUGGUCCCUGGAUUGGAAAAUGGGAUAUUGUCAACCACAAUCGCCACACCGAGGCUUUUAAGUUUCCCUCCUAAACUCAAUACCACCCCACUCCCCUUCCAGUAAUCCCUCACCUGUCAACACCUCUCCUAUCCAAAUCUUCAUAAUCUAUGUGCUUUCAAAUUUCAUUCCAUAACCCAUAACGCUGAUUUAUUCAAAGCACAUUAAUUUCAUUUAACCUUAAUUUCGUUCUUAUCGCUUACCACCAACUUUCCUUCCCAAUUACAAACUCCAAGGCAUUCAUUUGAUAUGAAUAAAAAAUAUUGAAUAUACCCUCAAUUUAAAAACUAACAGAUGGUCGGUCCUAAAUUUUCUCAUUAUUCUCUUCUUGAACGUUUACGUAACGCUGAAUCUGUUGCAGAGCGGUAGUGAAACGUCCACUAUGGAGGGUAAUAUGGCCCCAUCCGGCUUCCGUAGUUUAAGGUAGACCCUUUGAUCAUACAGCAUACGAAGUUUCAUGUGGAUCAUACUGUUGACGAAAACUACCGAAAUUCACCGACCUAUUUCCGUCUGAUGUGAACAAGCAGACGAUGAUUUGAAAUGAUAAUAAUGUUUAAAAAUAAAUCAAUAAGCAAACUGUAAGUUAGUGAACGAUAGAAAAUAAAAAUAUAAAUUUCAGCAAAUUAAAAUAAUAAAAUGGUCACGAAACUUGGAAAUUGAUCAGAAGAAGUAAUUCUAAUCGAUUGGGUCAAAUUUCUGCCAAUUUUUCACACCUGUCGCUCUCUAUUAUACCUAAAUGAAUAAAUGUGAGACUGC